GGCUGUGUCAGCUGGAUGCUGCCUGGCACAGGGACAAGCACAAAGGGAACAGCCGGUGCAAGGAGGCCCCGGUGUGGGUCAGCACCAUAAGCCAGGUCACCAGGAUGGGUGGGCUGGAGCCAGGCAGAUGUGAUGCUCUGCAUGGGGCCUGGUGGCUCCAACACCAUCCCUUCUCCUUUUUACAUGUUUAGACCUUUAUUUUGGUUGUUUUUUGGUUUUGUUCUUUUUUUUUUUUUUUAAUUAUAAUUUUUUGCCACAGUAGAUAAAGCCACGUUCAUCCAGUGCCUGUCUCCACUGUUCUCUAUCGGACACAGCAUGGACAUGAUGGGGGAGCCAUGCUCUGGUGGGGGGUACACACAUCUGUCUGUCCCUUGUCACCUCUUUGAUCAUGUCCCACAGGGACAAGGGGACAGGGAAUGUAUGAUGACCCAUCUUUAAGGGGAAGGAGGCACCUGAGAUUACUAAAUGCUCAAGAUCGAAAGGAAUGUCAAAAGGUUUGCAAAUAAUCAGAAAGUUUCAUUAGUAAAUUACACACGUGGCAUGGAAAUUGCAGGGUACCUUUUUAUGGAUAGGUUUCCGCAGCCUGAAGAUGGAUUUCUCAUUUUCUAUGCAAAUUAGUUAUCAUGCACAGUCAGUUCUUUCAGGUCUUCCUGGAAAUAGAUCCGACAGGUUUGGGGGUCCUUGGUCAUCUUAAUCCUACCCAUUUCCUGCCACUCAUUCCUGUGCUUGUGCUGUAUCGUCUUGUGCUUGUCAGCAGGAGCUACAACAAGGAUGUUUUUCCAGGGCUGUCCUUUCUCACCUUGCCUCCUUUCUUCAGACACAUCUUUUUCUUUCUCAUGGUGUGUUAAUAUCAAUAGUCUUUGUUUAUUACCAGCAGUCCUUGGUUGAUUCCACAGCCAUCCAAUUAUCUAUGCUUGAGACAUAUGCAUUAGCUCUCCUAUGUUCUGGGAAGAGAAUGCUCAGUGAGACUUACUUUGGACUGUGGUUUAUAGGGUCAUCAGAGAGUGGGCUUCAGUAUGCAUUAGGCCUUUAUAACUGAGAGCUCAAAGGGUUUCACUUUGGAUUGCUGUCUAGGUCGCAAGAUAGUGGGCUUCAGUCAUAGUAAUUUUUCAUCCUGGCCACAAUUUGAGUUGGUUGAAGGUUCAACAGCAAAAAUACUGUUCCACUUGGGUUGUUACUCAGGCAAGAAUAAUAAGUUUCCAAGUCUGUUCAUUAAAAAACAGAUGCUCAAUAAACAUCUGUUAGUUCCUUGGUACAGAUUAUAUCCAAUAAGUUCAAGAGGGGCUUAGUCUGGGUGGUCUUUGUGAAGGCCAAUGCCUAACAAGCAUUUCUCAGGUCUUGGUGGGGCCUGGGCAGUGGUGGGGACAUGUGCCACCACAGUCCAGUCCAUGACUAAACUUACCUGGGCCUCUACAGGAUGAAACAGGGCUGUGGCUUCAGGGACAAGCGCAGGACCCUGCCAGGUGAGAGGAGGCCCCACUUGUAGGUCAGGACAGGUUUGGGGGCUGGUGAGGACCCCUGCCUAGCUGGCACUGCAGGGCAGAGUGGGGUGUCUGCAUGUGACAUCCUGCCAGAGUCCCCCACGUGCCCCCUUGACUCACUGUGGGCUUCCAGAACUCCGUGUGGCCCCACACAACUCCCUCUCAUGUGUGUCCUCACCUCUGACUGGGGGCUUGAGACCCACACUCCCACACACCCCCGUGGUCCCAUCUGUGUCACUCUACCUUCACGGGUGGCCCCUGCCUGUGUUCCCCUUGGCCCCAGGCUCCCCUAUAACCCCCCCGACACUAGGGCUUCCCUCGCUUGGACUGCUGCACGUGUGCCCCAGGUAGCCCAUGGCCCCAUGUGCGUCCCGGUGACCCGCGGGGCGCUGUCCCCUCCGCUCCAAGGCGAGAGCCCAACGCCGCCAUUCGCGGCCGGCCCGCCCGCGUGACGCCCCCGGCCCGGCGGUGCCCAAUGGGCAGCAGCGGGGGCGGGCGCUGCCGUUCGAAUAAGAGCGGCCUCGGCCCGGACCCUGGCGGCUCCGGCGUGGGAGAGGAUCGUCAAUACUGCUGGAGCCCCGGCGACGCCGAAGCCGGAGACGAUCCCCAGCCACGGUCACGGUCUGUGCAGGAACCUGAUAGGCUGGCCACAAUGGCACUUCAUGGUGAAAGAGUUGCUGCUCUCCUGGCUUGGGUGAACAGCACAAAGGUUUGUCCUGAUCCCCUCAAUGAUCUGUCCCAGCUCCAGGACUGUAGUGUCUUCAUCAGAAUUAUCCACAAAAUCCACGGGAGCAAGGAGGGGGAGUCUGUGCUGGAGCAGCCGCUGCCAGAGAGGAUCUCCUUCAUCCAUGGUUUCCUGCAGAAGCACUGCCGGCACAAAGUGGCUGCAGAAAACCUUGUCUCUGCACAGAAACUCCUGGAUGGAGAGGAGCUGGCCCUGGCCAAGGUGGCCGUGCUGCUCCUGUAUCACACCUCCGUAAGUUCCAAGGACUCUGGGGACUGGAAUGAAUUCGACUACAAGACCCAGGUUGAACUGGCAUCAAUUGUCAAAUUUGUGCUGGAUAACGAGGAGUGCCUGAAUGAAAAUCUGGAGCCAUUUCUGCAGAGGAAAGCGGAGCCGCCCUUGUCCAGUGUGUCCAGCAGCAGCUCUGAGGAGCAUUCCCCACUGUUCUCUCUCCCUUGCAAGAGAGAGGUGCGUUUCCUGGAGCUGCAGAGGAUCGCCUCCUUCCCCAGCGCCAACUUGCCCAGCACUCAGUCUUCGCCCAUGGGGGACAUCAUGCAGACCCCCCAGUUUCAGCUGCGGAGGCUGAAGGUGCAGCUGGCUUUUGAGAGAAAGAAACAGGAAGAGCUGGAGGUGGAGGUGGUAGAGACUCACAAGCUCGUUAUGGAGAAGGAUGCUCAGAUCACCAGGAUGCAGCAGCAGAUUGAUCGCUUGGUAAAGCUCAAUGAGAAGCAAGCUGAAGACCUGCUGGAACCCAAAGAAAUGGAGGAGCUGAGGGAGAAGAAUGAGAGCCUGGUGGGGCGCCUGCACGAGGCCUUCAGGCAGUGCCAGGACCUGAAGACUGAAAAAGCCCAGAUGGACCGAAAAAUCAACCAGCUCUCUGAGGAGAAUGGGGAUCUUUCCUUCAAGCUGCGGGAGAUCGCCAGCAAUAUGGUCCAGCUGCAGCGAGCCCUGAAUGAGCUCUCAGAGGAGCACAACAGUGCCAUGGCACAGUCACAGGAAAAGCAGCGGCAGCUGGAGAAGGAGCUGCAUGCAGCAAUGCAGGAUAAGAAAUGCUCAGAAGAGAAAAUUGAGAUUCUACAGGGAAAGAUUUCGAUGCUGGAGGACCAGUUGGCCAAGCUGGAGGAAUGCAGUGCCCAGGAGAAGGGGGAAGUCAUGGGGGACAUUUUGAAGUCAGACCCAAUACAGUCUCCCUGCUCUUCUGUUUGCCAGCUGGAGGAGCUGAAGCAGGAAGUGUCCAGCCUCACGGCCAAAGGACUGCAGCUGGAGGAGGAGAAGCAGCAGCUGGAGGUGGAGAAGAAGCAGCUGGACAGCCUUGUCACCAGCCUCCAGAGCUCCCUCUCUGAGAGCCAGCGGGCCCAGGAGAGACUGAAGCGAGACCUGCAGGCACGGGCUGCCGAGGAGCAGGCUGAGCGGCUGGCUGCCCUGAGCGCCCAGCAUGAGCAGGCCCUGCGGGAAAGGGACUCUGCCCUGCAGCAGCUCCAGCAGGCCAACACAUCCCUCAGCAGCCAGCUGCAGGCCGGGGAUGAGGAGAAGGUUGUGCUGAGCCGCAAGGUGGGCGAACUGGAAGCCCAGAUCCUGGAGCUGAGUGCCCAACGGCAGCAGGGAGUGGCAGCAGAGGCACUGAAAGCCCAGCUGCAGGAGCUGGAGGGCAGGCUGAAGGAGAGCCAGCAGAGGCUGGCUGAGAGGGAGAAGCUGGCCCGGGAGAACAGCCGCCUGCAGGAGCAGCUGCUCUUCCUGGAGGAAUCCCUGCGGAACACUGAGGGAAUAUUGGAGGACGAGAAGAGACGGGCAGCUGAGUGCCUGGAAGGCAACCUGGCCAGGAUCGCUGAGCUGGAGGCAGAGAAACAGCAGCUGGUUCAGGGCCGGGAGCCAGCCCUGCCAGAGCAGGGUGAGGAGCUGGCCACACGCCAGGUGUCACAGGAGAGCCAGGAGCAGCCCGUGGGAGCCUCUCCUGCCACCCGAGGGGAAGACGAAGAGUGCAGGCGGCUGAAGGAGGAAAUGCAGGCGCUGAGCCGGGAGCACAGCCGGACCUGUCAGCAGCUGCAGGCUGAGCAGGAGAGGGUGGCUGUGCUGGAGGCCCAGGCAGAGCAGCUGGCUGGCCUCCAGGCUGACUUGUCCAGCGCUCAGUCAUGGGCAAAGGAGAAGGAGAGCGAGGAGCAGAAGCUAAGGGCCGAGAUGUCAUCCCUUCAGGAGAAGAUGGCUGUGGCAGAGCAAGCUGCAGCCCAGCGUGUGGCCAAGCUGGAGGCGGAUGCCCAGAGAGCUGCUGAGGCACUGGAGGGAGUCUCCCAGCAGCUGUCCCAGGAGAAGCUCAAGUCCAAGGAGUUGGAAGGCACCAUGGAUCAGCUGCGGAUUGCAGAGAAGGAGCUGGUGUCCCUCCGCUCUGCCGUGCAAGAGAAGGAGAGCUGGAAGGAACAAGUGUCCCAGUGUGUCCAGGAGAUUGAGAGGAAGAACAGCCUGAUCAGCAGCCUGGAGCAGGAGGUCUCCAUCCUCCAUCACCAGGUGAAAGAGAAGGAAGGGGAGAGCAAGGAGCUGAAACGCCUGAUCCUGGCUGAGUCGGAGAAGAGCAAGAAGCUGGAGGAGAGGCUGCGGGUGCUGCAGACUGAGAUGGCCACCGCAGCCUCCCGUGCAGCUGAGAGGUGCUCGUUGAUGAAGGUGGAGGUGCAGCGGUGCCAGGACGAGCUGGAGAAGCAGCGGAUGACCAUUGAGGCCCUGAAGAGGGACCGGCAUAGCCAGAGCGAGCGGGAGGAUGAGCUGCGGCAGGAGGCAAAGGUCUGCCAGGACAAGUGCCUACAGAAGGAGCAGCUCCUGGCUGCUCUGCAGCAGGAGCUCGACAGCGCUCGGGCCAGGCACGCCUCCCUAGAGAGCCAGCAGCGCCAGGACCUGGAGCAGAGAGCAAAAGCUGUGUCCACGCUGCAAGCCGAGCUAGCGCAGGCCAAGCUGGAGGCGGCCGAGGUGCGGUCGCUGCGGGAGCAGCUGGCAGAAAAGGAGCGGGCCCUGCAGGAGUCUUGGAACAGCAAGGGGGCAGCCUUGGAAGAGAGGAAGAAGCUCCUGGAAGAGAAGCAGAGAUUGACAAGUCGGGUGGAGCAGUUGGAGAUAAUCCAGAAGGACCAAACUAAGCAGGUGGAUGAGCUGAAUAAAAAGCUGACUCAGCAUGAGAAGGCCACCUGGACCCAGCAGCAGAGAGUUAAAGCACUGGAAGGGGAGCUGCAGGCAGCAGUCACAAGCCAUCAGGAGAAGGUGACAGAGCUGCAGGUGCAGCUCGCCCAGAAGGAGCAGGCAGCUGAGCACUACAAAGGGCAGAUGGAGAAGGCAAAAAGUCAUUAUGAUGCCAAGAAGCAGCAGAACCAGGAGCUAUCAGAGAAGCUGAAGGCCAUGGAGCACUUGCAGGAAGAGAACACAGAGCUUCAGAGCAAAUCAGAGAGGCUGGCCAAGGAGCUACAGGAGAGCAUCCUGCAGGCCAAGGAGUCUGAGAUGAGCUGCAAGACUCUUACCAGCCAGAUUCGCAGCCUGGAAGCUCAGGUGCAGGAACUCAGCAAGUUCCAGGAGAAGACUGCCACAGUAAAGGGACAUGAGGCUUCCUUUGAGAGUGUGGCUGACCAGAGCACUGAUAGCCUCAAUGAGGCACAGCAGCUCAGCUCCCCCAGGAAGGCUGCCAGCUCUCAGCUGGAAGUCUCAGUGGUGCCGUCAGACAGUGAAGAGUCACUGCUGUCUCAGCGGCUGCCCCAGACAAAGUCAUCCCUGGAGAGUCUCUACUUUACUCCCAUCCUCUCUGAGAGGCGGUCACAGCUCCAGAGCAGCGCCAACUUCCCGGGAGACUUCUCGCUCGACUCCGGCUGCAAGACCCGCUCUGCCCGGCGCCGCACCACCAUCAACAUCACCAUGACAGAUAAACAGGCAGAGCCCGAGGAACUGGUCUGCAUCAAGAACAUCCCAUUGGCUCAUUCCACAAAAACAUCUUCCCCUGCUAAGGGCCGUCUGCGCUCAGGUGCCUCCACCCGCUCCCUCACCAGCUUCUCCUCCCAGGAAACCCUUGCAAAGCUGGAAGCCUCCUCCCCAGAGAAGACCCCUGGCCAUUCAGUACUGCUGGGCCUCCCUGGGUACCGACCAGUCACCCGUAGCUCCCUGCGCUUGCAGCGGACCAGCAGCUCCAGCCUCGGCCAGAGCACCAUGAAGCUGGGCAUGUGCCAGGAUGAGCCAGAGCAGAUGGAUGACUGGAACCGCAUUGCGGAGCUGCAGCGGCGGAACCAGGCCCGCCCUCCCCACCUGAAAACCAGCUACCCCCUAGAGAGCAUGCCCUCCACCUCCUUGGGAACCAUCACGGAUGAGGAUGUGAAGAUGGGGGACCCAGAAGAGACGCUGCAGCGUGGCAGCAGGCACUCCUCCCAGCCCAUGGCCACCGGCAGCCAGCGCAGCAGCCAGGCCAGCAGCAUCACCACCCGGCAGCGGAGGAAACGCCUCUCGGAGGAGACCCACCAGGGCCCUGACACCCCCCCGUCCAAGAAGCCAACCAGCUGCUUCCCGCGGCCCCAGAGCUCCCAGGACCGCAGUGCGCAGAGUGGCUCCCAGGCCAGUCAAGACAGCGAGCAGCAAGCCCCAGCCACACCAGCUCAGAGGCGCCAGUCGAUGGCGUUCAGCAUCCUCAACACCCCCAGGGAGCUGGGGAGGCGCCUGCUGCGCCGGGCAAUGGCCCAGAGGAGCACUCCCACAGCCUCCAGCGGCACCCGCCGCUCAUCCCGCAUCGCCACCGCCACGACCCCAAAGGGCAAGGCCAGUCGCCAGUCGCGCAAGGACAAGCGAUCCUGAGGUUUCCCCAGUCCCUGCGUGCUGGCUCUGCCCUGGCCUCCCACCUGCACCCCCUCACCUCUUCCUGCCCCCCCAGGGCCCAGGAGCACUGAGGGUGAACAGGUGGGGCCACUCACACGACUGCCUUGCAUAUCCCACUGACAACUGUGGGGUGCCCUGGGCACAGCAAGGCCCCCUUGCCCUUCCUGUACCCAUUGUCAUCCUAAACCCUUCCGGGACCCAAGGCAAGGGGAUGCACAGAGGGUGAGGGCUGGAAAUACACAGGGGUGCGGGGGCUGGCACCAGGCUGCAGCUGGAGGGGCUGAGCUCUCCCCAGGGAUAUUCUGCAGCCUCGGGUACAGGGACAGAGGUAAAACUUAGCAUCCCUCGGGUCACCACCUUUGCUCCCUGUGUGUGGGACCCCCCAACCUGCCCGGUCCUCCUGUUCCUCCCAGGGAAGCUGAGGCAGCAUUUUUAAAUGUUUCUACUUGUAAAUAAAGUGUAUUUUUCACCUGC